ACGGCGAUUUCUCUCUCUCACUCUCUCUUUCUUUCUCUCUCGCGGAGUCCUCUGUUUCCUCUUCUUCCGAGUUGGCUCAGUCGCUCACUCACCUCGAAGAAGAUGAGUCAAGACUCGUUUAUUUACAGCUUCGUGGCUAGAGGAACCAUGAUCUUGGCUGAGUUUACUGAGUUCACCGGAAAUUUUCCAGCGAUUGCGAAUCAGUGUCUUCAGAAACUUCCUUCUGCUAACAAUAAGUUCACUUACAAUUGCGACCAUCAUACCUUUAAUUUCUUGGUUGAAGAUGGUUAUGCUUACUGUGUUGUGGCGAAAGAAUCUCUCAGUAAGCAGAUAUCUAUAGCCUUUUUGGAACGGAUGAAAGCUGACUUUAAAAAAAGAUAUGGAGGCGGUAAAGCCGAUACUGCUGUUGCGAAAAGUCUCAACAAGGAUUUUGGUCCAAUUAUGAGAGAGCACAUGAAGUAUAUCAUCGAGCAUGCCGAAGAGAUCGAAAAGUUGAUAAAAGUGAAGGCUCAAGUAUCGGAAGUUAAAAGUAUAAUGUUGGAGAAUCUCGACAAGGCUUUUGAGAGAGGAGACAACAUCAAUACUCUUGCUGACAAAACAGAAAAUCUUCGAGAUCAGGCUCAAACUUACAGAGGACAAGGAACUAAACUGAGGAGGAAAAUGUGGUAUCAAAACAUGAAGAUAAAGCUAGUUGUUCUUGUGAUAUUGUUAGCUCUUGUGCUCAUAAUCUGGGUUUCCAUUUGCCAUGGAUUCAACUGCACCAAUUAGUUUUUAGUGUAGAGAAACAAUGGCUGAAGUGAAAGAGAAAGUUUUAGCCUUUAGGCUUGUGUUCUAUGGCUACAAAUUGGGGCAUGAAUUUGGUAAAAAAUUAAUAUUAUUUUUAUACAUGUAAGUUUCUAUUUGAAUGGAUCCCAUUUUUUGUUUCCUCUUUUCAAA